GAGCUGAGGGGCGCUCCAGCUUCAAUGGCCACGGAGCAAAAAUGCAAAACAACGACGUUGCAACGAAGAGGAUAUAGUUUAAAAUAAAGUUAAAAUUGUGCUCAAACAACUCUCGCACCGCGUCACGCAGCCGCCCUCGAACGGCGGUGAUGUCACGUUAUUUGCAUAGUGACUUCCUCCCCCGCCAACUCAAAAGAAAUCGGAUAUGAAAAGUAAUGAAGCUGGGGAUGGGAGGGAGAAGAAACUUGUUUGUCAGAUGUUUCUUUUGAGGGCGAAGGCGGCGGGACGCUGUUUGCAGAGAUGCUGUGUGGGGGAUUGUAGUGUGCAGCGAAGAGGGUGUGAGCAGUUUCCUGCAGCUUUCCAACUGAGCUACUGACUGCGAUUUCACAUGCCCGCUGGGGAGCCAGACUUGGCAACAGCAGGAAAUUAGGGUCUUUGCUCUCUGAAUCGAUGCCUUUCCGUUACAUUGACGAUUAACUCUACGGAUGAGGAUCUGUAUUUAAAGUUACCAAGUAAGAAUAAAACAGCUAACCAGCCGGAGGGCGGUCUUUUUUUGAGUUUCUCUAGGGUUUAGGGCUGUGUCGGCGGUGAAGAGAAGAAUGGAUUGGAGCCGAAGUGUGCUGCUGUCUCUGAUCUGGAUUAGUUUCUACAUUCCCACCGCAUGCCUCAGCUCUGGAGCCGGAUCUCCAGCGGACUCGAAUGCCAAGGAAUUCGCGCAGCCUGCAGCCGGAAAUCCAGAUACUCCCGCAGAUAACUGCAUGACAUUGAACCCCGCCUGCUUGAAUGAAGAUGAUCGACAUUCUCUUGAGGCUAUUCGAAUGAUCCAUAAACAGAUGGAUGAUGAUGCUGAUGGGGAUGUUGAUGUGGAGGAGAGUCAUGAGUUCAUCAAAGAAGAUAUGAAAGACAAAGAUCCUACCAGUAAAGGCAUUACAUUCCAUAAGGAAGAUAAACACAUCACUGUGAGAGAUCUGUGGAACCACUGGAAAAGCUCACAAGUGCACAAUUGGACCGUGGAUGAAACAAUGGACUGGUUAAUUAACUUUGUGGAAUUACCACAGUAUGCAAAGAUUUUCCAGGAAAACAAAAUUCGAGGAGUGGGACUACCCAGGCUAGCUGUGAAUGAGAUUCCUUUUAUGGUGACUAAUUUGAAAAUCACUGACCGGAGCCACAGACAGAAGCUUCAGCUAAAGGCACUUGACGCUGUGCUCUUUGGAGCUCCCAUCCGUCCUCGGCACAAUUGGUUGAAGGACUUUAUUCUCGCUGUUUCAAUGGUUGUUGGCAUUGGUGGCUGUUGGUUUGCAUACACCCAAAACAGGAACUCCAAAGAACACAUCACAAAGAUGAUGAAAGAACUAGACAGUCUGCACAAAGCUGAGGAAAGCCUGAUGGAAUUUCAAGAGAGACUUCAAAAAGCUCAAGAAGAGAACAGAACUGUUGAAGUGGAGAAGCAAAACUUAGAACAAAAAAAAACAGAAAUAAACGAUGCCAAGCGAGAGGCACAGCGCCUGAGGGAACUGCGCGAGGGUUCAGAAACUGAACUCAGCAGGCUGAAAUAUGCGGAGGAGGAGCUUGUUCAGGUUCGUAUGGCUUUGAAGAAUGCAGAGAAGGAGUUGGAGGAUCGCAGCGGCUUGGCAAUGCCAGAACCUCUACAGAAGUGGUUGCAGCUUACUCAUGAAGUGGAGGUUCAGUACUAUAACAUUAAGAAACAGAGUGCUGAGCUACAGCUCAAUGGUGUAAAGGAGGAGGCAGAGAGGAUCAAGAAGAAACGCAACACUGUCUUUGGAACAUUCCACGUAGCCCACAGUUCCUCCCUGGAUGAGGUUGAUCACAAAAUCCUGGCAGCAAAGCAAGCUUUAUCCGAGGUGACGGCAGCGCUGCGUGAGCGACUACACCGCUGGCAGCAGAUAGAAAAAAUCUGUGGCUUUCCUAUCGUGCACAAUGCAGGAAUGUCAAGCCUCACCUCCGUUUUGUACUCUGAGCACAGCUGGGGUAGUCAGCCACGUGUCUCUGUCCCACCGUACCCAAUCGCUGGUGGGGUAGAUGUGGAUGAAGACACACCACCGAUCAUUCCACAACUUCACUCAGUAGGUCAAGGGAAACUCAGUUACAACUUGGUAAAGAACAGUAACCAAGGUCGCUGCCGACGGUCCAAUGUGGUUCAGUGUGGCGUUUCAUCUUCCUCCAGUCCUGACAUCUUUGUAAUGAACAGCAAUACCAAUCUUCAUCGUGGUGAAGAAGAAGAAGAUGCCAUAUUCUUCACAGCUGACAAGAAGUGGGAGACGCAGGAGACCGCUUCAGACUGCGACUCUUCUUUUGGAUCAUUGAACGGAAAGAAACUGUUUCACUUGUCAAACUGCGAGGCUGCCAGUAAUCCUUCGUUCAGCAUGUCCAAGAACUCCUUAGAUGACCUUUUGACUGCUGAUUCAUCAGUGGCAUACGAGCGGUUGAGUGUAACACCAGAUUCCCUGGGUUCAGCCGACACCAGAAGUCUGAUUCUGAGCCCUCUGAAGGCCACUAGACCCCUUCAGAACGGUCUGGAGAAAUCGUGCAGCAUGGGACACCUAUCCAUAGCACAGGAUCGACGCAUCUUGGAGUUUGACACCCAGAGUGAAAAUCGAGCACUGAAGGAUCUGAAAAGUGCAUCCAAGAGACAAACAGCAUCCCAAGAUCUGCUCUAUACUACCAACAGAGUAAAAAAAUCCUCCAAGUUAAAAAAAAUCUUCAAGAAAAUAUCAAAGUGAUUAGAGCCAAAGGGUGAUGAUGGUGAAGCUCAAGUCACCAUAACAUCUGUUUACGAAAGCUGCAUUUAGAUGUUACAUGGAGUCCUGCACUCUUUGGCCAAAUUACAAAUGUAGAACUAAAUCUUGCACUAUUACCUUCCUGAUCAGGAAGAUGCCUCUAAUUAUAUAAACAGUGUAUAAAGUUUAUAUAGACAUUAUUGCAGAAGAGUCUAUGUUUUUACUGUUAUGUCUAGAGCUUUAGUAGAAUUUAUAAGGAUUCCAAUUUCUAAUGAUUUAAAAACGAAGGAAUUUCUACAAGAAAGGAAGUGAUAUAUUUUUCUUGCAAGUCACUUUUCUUAAAUGUUUUACAAACCUGCUGUACAGAUGAUUAAAUAUGCCUGGCAACCUCAGAGCUUUUUGCUCAUGACUCGUCCUUGAACUCUGAAGAUCAGCCAUGGACUUUGCUAAAAGAUCUGUCAUCCUGCGAAGAUCAGCAUUAGUGGUUUCCUCUUGAUCUCACCUGACUCUGGUAGCAGUGGGACCUGGCAAAAUACUGAACUCUUAAUUCAAGAUUCCUUGUUGAAGAUUGGCAGUGGAAACAAAUUCAACUGAAUUUAAUUAGGGUGGUUGGGUGAUUGGGAAUUUCUUGAAUGUAUUAAAAAAAUAAAUUGAAGCAUUAUGAUA